GUGGGGAUGUGAAAGGAACUCGUCUGGGUCGGAUUCAAUACAUAUCAUAACUGCCUGUGCAGCGCCAGAACUCGUUUAGCAAGAAGAACUGGUAAUAUUAAUUUUAUGAUGAAGCUCCUAUUAGUUUUAGCUGGAGUGAUAGCGGCAGGUCAAGCAGUAAGCAUGUUUGACUUGGUUGCAGAAGAAUGGAAUCUUUUCAAGUUGCAACACAAGAAACACUAUCCAACAGAUACAGAAGAAAAAUUUAGAAUGAAGAUUUUCAUGGAGAACAAGAAAAAAAUUGCUAAGCACAAUGCAAAAUAUAUCAAAGGAAAAGUGUCAUUCAAAUUAGGAGUAAAUUCCCGUUCAGACAUGCUCCCCCAUGAAAUAAUCCAAGUAAUGAAUGGUUUCAACAAGUCUCUUACACCAUCAAAUGGAGUUAAACAUGUUGGAUCCUUUUAUGUUGCUCCUGUGAAUGUGGAGUUUCCAAAAACUGUAGACUGGAGGAAACACGGAGCUGUGACUCCUGUCAAAGACCAGGGAGCUUGUGGAUCAUGCUGGGCCUUUAGUGCGACAGGUUCACUGGAAGGUCAGCAUUAUAGGAAGACAGGCAGAUUGGUUUCACUUAGUGAACAAAAUCUAAUUGACUGCUCUAGUGAUGCCGGCAAUAAUGGCUGUAAUGGCGGAAUGAUGGAUAAUGCGUUUGCAUAUGUUAAGUCUAAUAAAGGAGUUGAUACAGAAAAGUCUUAUCCUUACGAAGCUAUGGAUGAUGACUGCAGAUAUGAUGCCAAGUAUUCUGGUGCAACUGAUACUGGAUUUGUUGAUAUUUCUGAAGGUGAUGAAGACGCUUUAAAAAGAGCGGUAGCAACUAAAGGCCCAAUUUCUGUUGCAAUUGAUGCUAGUCAUGACAGCUUUCAUCAGUACAGUGAAGGUGUGUAUUAUGAACCUGACUGCAGUUCAGAACAGUUGGACCAUGGUGUACUUGUUGUCGGCUAUGGUACCUCUGAUGAAGGUGACGACUAUUGGCUUGUGAAAAAUUCUUGGGGUCCAUCCUGGGGAAUGGAUGGAUACAUCAAGAUGGCAAGAAAUAAGGACAACAACUGCGGGAUCGCAACCACUGCAAGUUUCCCACUUGUUUAAUGUACAAUGAGUUAUUCAUCUUAAAUUAUGUUUGUAAAUACUUGUCAAUCUUAAUUUCUAGUGGACUGUAAUUGUAAAUUUAUAUGACAAAUACAAUAAUUAUAUAUUUUUA